UAUGGUCUUGGGAAAUUAUCAGAAUCAGAGCUGACUAGAACAGGAUUUGAAGGUUAGGUUAGAGAUCGAAGGGAAAGAGCAGGAAUUUACUGUAGAUACUGGGGCUACUUAUUCGGUUUUAAAUAAACGAUUGGGACCAAUCAGUGACACUACAGUACAAGUAGUAGGAGCAAUGGGCCAGUUGGAAGAAAGGCCGUUCCUACAGCCAUUAAAUUUGAGAUUUGGGGGGAAGGAAUUAGAUCAUCAAUUUUUAUAUAUGCCCAAUUGCCCUAAGUCACUAUUUGGGAGGGAUUUGCUAUCUCUUUUGAACAUGAAAAUUCUGUUUGAAGAUGGAAGAGUUAAAGUAGAAGUUCCUGAAGAAGAAAUAGCCAAAUUAUUCGUGAUUAGAGAAGUUGAACCCACCCCUAUCCCUGAGGAGGUAGAACAGGCUGUGGUACCAUGGGUAUGGGAAACGGGAGUCCCGGGGAAGUCUAAAGCUGCUCAACCAGUAAUAGUAGAGUUAAAAGAAGGGGUACAACCUGUAAGGAUAAAACAGUAUCCUAUUAAACUUGAAGCCAAAGAAGGGGUUGCUCCUCUCAUAGCACAAUUUCUAACACAAGGAAUACUGGAAGAAUGUGAAUCAGAAUACAACACCCCCAUUUUUCCCGUAAAGAAACCUAAUGAACUCUCAACAGCCUACGGGGAGCCCUGCAGUGGAACCGACCCCUACCACUGGAGAAUCCAGUCCAUGACAUCCAACCUGGUGACCGAGUGUAUGUGAAAAAUUGGUUCACGGAUCCACUGAAGGAAACAUGGGAUGGCCCCUACCAAGUGAUCCUGACGACCUACACAGCAAUAAAGGUGGCGGGAAUCGACACCUGGAUCCACUACACUCGAGUCAAGAAAAUUCCAACACAAUGGGAGACUCAGAUGGUCUCCCCGACGCGAAUGAUAUUUCGCGCAAAGCCGCAUUCUUAAUCAUUCUGUUACUGGUGAUGAUGAAAUUGAUACCUACUCAAGGUUUUGUGGUUGUCACUGUUUCAGAACCUGUUGUUGGAAUCAUGGAAGGGAUGGAUGUGAAUUUGACCUGUGCUAUUGCCAAUGACCAGAAAGCUGAAGCCCGAGAUUUACGAGUAUUCUGGAAACAAGGAGCUGGGUACCCCAAGGCAAGUUUUACUACUAUUUGGGAUAGGGAUGCACAAAAAGGGAAUACCACACUACAAUUGAAGCAAGUAACUGGAGAAGAUAUGGAGGUUUAUAUGUGUAUAGUGCAAAUUAGACGUAGUUUUGACUAUAAGAAAAUUAAAUUGAGGGUGGUAUCUUGGAGAUUACGGGAAGGAACUAUUUCUCAGGAAUCAGUGUCAGUCAGGCCAACAUCCGCUAUCCAAGACAUGUGGGACGGUCCCCCGUUAAAGCUUAAUUGCCCAUUCACUCUAACAGAGGCAUGCAAACAAGAAGUGAAAGUUAAGUGGUGGAAAGAACAACAACAAAUGUGGGAACGAAUUGACCAGGGAGUGAGUUGGUGGAAAUUAUGGGACAAAGGAAUUGGGUGGCUAAAUAUCUCAGAUCCUAAACAAGGCAUAGACGAAGGGCGGUAUCUGUGUCUAGUUACAUGUGGAAUAGAUGCAGACUAUGGCAUUCGAUCAUCAAUAGCUAGGGCACAUUUGGGGGAAAGGAUCAAGGCAACACAUGGAAUUUUUCGAGCAGUGCAAGGCAUGGCAGUUAUCUUAGUCUGUAAGGUAGAGAAAGAUGUACAGUUUAUCGAAUAUGGAUGGUGGUUUGGGGGAAACAAUAUUCGGGACAAAGAAGGAAAAUAUCGCAAGGAGAAACGAUCAGAUCAAACUAUAGUCCUUAUAAUUAGGGACGUACAGCCGGAGGACGAGGGAUAUUAUUGGUGCUGGAUUAGCAAAGACUCCUGGUGGGGACAUUCAAGAACGAUAGUCUCACUAACUCGAGGGCAACCGAGAAGAGUAAGAGAAAUUAAUAUUACCACUCAAAAUGAGCAAAAACAAGAGAACCUGAUAGUGGGACUGAUCAGAGAUUUUGGUACAGUACAAAAUGUCUCACAAAUUACGGCAUGCCUGCCACUCCCCCAGGCCGCUGGAGAGCCUAUCCAAUGGGGAGUGGUUCCGGUCCCAAUGCCCCCAACAAUACAAGAAAACAUUACGGUCAUGUGUCAGGUAGAAAACGUAGAGAAGGAGGUAGUAGAAAUUAAGGAAGGUUAUUCCCCUUUGUGGAAAUAUUCGUCAAUCUGGGAUUGUCGGGAAAAAGGAGGCAGAUACGAACCAAAACCGGGACUGUAUGGAGGAUUAGGAAAUUAUGGUUGGUGUUUUAAGAAACAGGAACAACAAAUUAAGAAAAAACAAUUAUCUCGGGAAAUACGGUGUCAAAAUAUGACACAAGAACAACCUUUAUGGGACCACUGGGAAGCUAUAUGGGGUCCAAGUUUACUGGAACACUAUAGUUAUAUCGGGCCUGUUGAUUGGUGUGUACGGUGGACAGGAAGUAAAAACCAAUCACAUGCAGAAGUAUCAGAGAUAAAUACCUCUACUAGGGAGAAGGUGAUAGCGAAAGAGAACUGGAAUUGUACAGAAGUUUAUACAUGCGAUACUCCAGGGGAUCAAAUUAGCCUAGUGCCAGUAAGGGUCCUUUUGAAAUGGGGAUGUGAAUGUAGGAAAUACAAUCACACAAUACCCGGUAAACCCCUUAUGAACGGAUUUUAUGGAAGGGUCUCCUGUAGGACGACUACACUCAGAAGUCCGGGAAAUUUAGUAUGGGUAAUGGGACAUGGACAAUGGACUACUCAUCUCCCUUUGGACGGACCAGUGACACAAGUAACUUUAGGGGUGCCAACGUUAUGCCCUUUGUGGAAACAGUCUAAGUUAAAAGCAUCAGGGACUAGGAAAAAGAGAGAAAUUGAUGAUUUGAAUUUGUUAGGAGAUGAAGACCAAUGGCAUGAACCAGACAGCGGAGUGAAAUUUGGAUGGGCACUAGAAUCAUUAUUUGCACCAGUAGCCACAUAUAGAAACAGAGAAAUGUUGUUUAAGUUACUGGGACAAACAGAGAGAUUGGCAUUAGCAACUAGGAGAGGAUUCAAAGAUUUGAACCUACAAUUGCAGGCUACUUCUCGUAUGACACUCCAAAAUAGAAUGGCUCUAGACAUGCUGCUAUUGAAAGAACAUGGAGUUUGUGGGUAUUUAAAUAAAAGAAUUGAUCACUGCUGCAUCCAUAUCCCAAAUGUAACGGUAGAAGUAGAAAAAGACAUCUCUCAACUAGAAAUAGUCGAAUCUGGAACAAAAGAAAUCGAAAAGGAGGCCCAGCACAAUUGGAUAGGAGCCUUGUUAGAUUCAAUGGGGCUUCAGGUUUCUGGUUGGGUAUCGUCAAUGUUGCAAUAUGUGUUGCUGUUUAUAAUUGUACUAAUAGUUGCUUGGAUAGCAUAUAGAUGUGUUCUAGGAAUAAUAACCAAAGAAACAAGACGAACCCGAAGAUUGGUGAAAGCAAUAGGAAGAAACCACGGAUUUGGAGUUCCCCCGCCCAAAUACGAAGAGGUGGCCCUUCCUAGAAGAACUGAAGCUAGAAGAACUGAAGCUGAAGGUUGAGCAUCCUUGCAGAAGAUCUGAAGAAUGCUCAAAAGGGGGGACUUGUUGCAGAAGUUCGAAAAUUAUUGAAAAAUGUAUUUUAGUUAAUAGAUAGAUGUCUAGAUUAGUGAAACAAUAUGAUAGUUAGCAUGAGUAGCAGUAGUUAUGCUAAGGCCGCAGUAGGCCCGGUAAACUCUAAGUGAACUUUAGUGCAUGGUAGAUCGAGAGAAAAUAUUAUCUAGGGAAUGUACCUAACAUUAUCUAUGGAAUGUACCUUUUGGCUAAGUAACAAAUGUCAUGAUGUACCUAAUAAAUCUCAGUAUACCUCUAAAGAUGCUUAGCGAUGCACAUAGAUCAGAUGAAG